AUGGAAGGUUUCUACAAUCUACUUUCCAAAUUCAGCCUAACCGAGAGCGCCGCUCCCGUACCUGAAACGGCUCCCCGCCAAGUUGUAGGUACCCCAGAAGAAAUAGCGAAGUAUGUCUACAGAGACAUCCUUGGCAUAAAGAACGAAAUACGAUCAUACAACCAAGUCACAGGAAUCCUCCACACCAACCUGCUAUACUACAAGCUCCUCAAGUUGAUGGAGGAAGACCAUUAUCGACAGCUCGAAGAGUUGAAAAGAAGAUGCGAAUACCAAGUCAACAGCAGCGUCUAUCAGCGCAAGCUCGUGGACCUCUAUCGGUCCCAACUCAGCGAACUCUGUAACCUCUUAGAUAUCUUGAAGAACAACUACAACCAUGGAAUUCACGAAUCUCACAUAAUUAACCACAGAGCUAGGGCUAAGUCCGUGACGGCAUCCCCUCCUAGAACAGGAUCCCAUGGAGAUGGAAAUAACUCGAUAUUUUCAGGACGAAGUAGAAGCUCGUCCAUUUCCACCCAGGCCUCACCCAAACAAACUAUACCCAUUAGCUUGGAGCCUGACAAAAAUGACAAAAAUGAAAGGCCCGCAGCGAAAUUUUCGCAGCCAUAUUCUCAGGACGAUAUCGAGCGCAUAACUAACGAAGCACCAGACCAUCUUUUGGACCCGAUUUCGUUUCAAUUGUUCAGUGAUCCGGUUAUAACUCCUAGCGGAAUUACUUAUGAAAAAGCAAACAUUGUUCGGUAUCUCAGAAAUAAAGGCAAUCAGGAUCCUCUCACUAGAGUGCCUUUGCGCGAGGAUCAGUUAUAUCCCAACCUCGUCCUAAAAGAUACCGUUGACGAGUAUAUCCAAAGCAAAGAGCAGGAUAUCAAGGUGUAA